AUGACGGGCUGGGUGCUGUGCAUGACCCUGGUGCUGGCAGCACUGGCAGGGGCAGUGGGCGAGACCCGCUAUGAGAAGUUCCUGCGGCAGCAUGUGGACAACCCCCGGACGUCCAUGCUGGCGGCGCAUCGCUAUUGUGAGACCAUGCUGGCGCGGCGUCGGGUGACGGCCCCAGGCAGGCCCUGCAAGCCCUCCAACACCUUCGUGCACGCCCCAGCUGAGGACCUGGUGGCUGCCUGCUCUCAGGCACCCGACCCCACUACUGGGUUUCACAGCACCCCAAGAGCCAUGAGCAUCACUGCCUGCCGCCUUCACGGUGGGGACACGCGACCAUCCUGUGCCUACCGCGCCCGCCAGGUGCAGCACCACGUGCGCGUGGCCUGCCGUGGCGGGCUGCCCGUGCACCUCGCAGGCACCUAUGUGGCCCCACAGUGAGGCCAUGGACCCUCAGUGUGGGUGUGGAUUCUCCUUCCCAGAAUAAAGGUGGUGUCAGAGGCCUGGGCUUCAGUACCAGUUUCUGGGGGGCCCCUACAAUCAUACCUCUCCCUGGUUGCCCCCUGAGCCCCUUGGGUGACUCCAACCCUGUCCAAGCUGUAUUUGUGUGCCUUAUAAAUCCCUGAGUUUUCCCAGCCUCCUGGGUAUCCCAUAGCUCCCUGGGGUGUCUCUGCCCUCUCCUGUGCCCUGUCCCCUUUCUUGGGUGUCCCACAACUCCCAUGGGUGCCCCAUAACAACCACCCAGGACCCCCCAAUCUCCUGGAUGUGCACCCGGCCCUCUCCCCAGUGUCCUGACCCUUUGGGUGUCACAUCCCUUUCCUGGAUAGCCCAUAACUCUCACAGAAUUUCCCAACCUCCCAUAUGCUUUAUAACUCCCCUGGGUACCCCCAAAUUCCUCCAUGUCUGACCCAUAAACUGUCAGAUUCCUUGUCUCCCACACAUCUCUGACCCCAUCUGUGACCUCUCUGGGGCUGAAACUGCUCCCCCUUGGGGCCCCCACAGGACUGAACCCCAGCUGAGGCCACACAGAACACUGAACCACCACCCCACACACACCGAACACUAUACACACACACAAUGCACAUGAAACCUGCACUGUGCCCACAAUGUGCAGCCACGCUCACAACACAAAGCAUUCAACACUCACACCCCUCACAGCACACAG